AUGAAGCCCUCGACGCUGCUGCUGGUCUAUGCGGCGUGCGCGGCCGCAGUCUCGAUCGCACCGCCGUCGCACCCGCACGCGCUCGGCCCCGUGCCCGGCUACAGCGACACAAAGCCGCUCAACUUUGCACACUACGCUGGCCGACUCGAGCUUGCGAACGCGCAAAAGAUGUUUUACUGGCUCGUCGAGGCCGAAGAGAACGCGGCGCAUGCGCCGCUCGUGCUCUGGCUCAACGGCGGUCCCGGCUGCUCGUCCAUCUCGGGCAUGUUUACCGAGAACGGCCCGUUCGUGGUCCAGAGCGACCUUAGCGUGAAGCGCAAUCCGUACGCGUGGAACCGCCACGCGAACAUGCUCUACCUCGAGUCGCCGUCGGGCGUUGGCUUUAGCUCGCCACUCCUAAACGCGUCCGAGUACAACGACCACGUGACGACCGAGCGCGCGGUCGAGUUUCUCGACCAAUUCCUCACCGCCUACCCCGAGUACGAGGACCGUCCGUUCUAUGUGACCGGCGAGAGCUACGCCGGCAUGUACAUUCCGUGGCUCGUCGAUCGGCUCGUCACGACGCCACUGAACGGCCUCAACCUCCGCGGCAUGGCGAUCGGGAAUGCGUUCACGGACCAGGACAUGGACAACGAGAGCUACAUCGACUACUACUACAGCCACGGCCUCAUCUCGAUGGAGGCGUACAACGCCAUCAAGGCCACGUGCGCCGGGCAGCUCGCGCGCUGCAUGUACGACGUUCCGCUCAACUGCUCGCCCGCGUGCAGAAACAUCAUCGACAAGAGCGUCAAGACAAUCGCAGAAGACACGAUGGACCCGUAUUACAUUUACGGCGACGUGUGCUUGCUCCAGAACGACGAGAGCCUCGCGCUGCCGCACACGCGGCACCUCAAAAAGAAGAAGAAGAUGGCGAUGACGCGCCGCCUCGACACGCGCGUGUCACCCUGCACCGACACGUACACCAACGCGUAUCUGCAGUCGCCGGCGGUCCGAACGUUCCUCAACAUUUCCGAGCCGAUCGUGUGGGCGCCGUGCAGCGACGAGGUCGGCGACCGCUACACGAGCUCGGCCACCGUGCUGCCGAAAUACGAGACGAUUUUGGGCGCCAACUUGAGCGUACUCAUCUACUCGGGCGACGCCGACGCCGUCGUGGACUUUAUCGGGACGCAGCGCUGGAUUGGAACGCUCAACCGGUCGAUCGUCGACGAGUGGCAUGCGUGGUAUGGCCCGGACAAGCAGCUCGCGGGCUACACCCAGGGCUACGAUGGCCUGACGUUCGCAACCGUCAAGGGCGCGGGGCACAUGGUCCCAGCUGUUCGCCCGCUCCACGGCCUCUACAUGUUUGAGUGUUUUGUGUUUGGAAGCGACAAGUGCCGCGACUGGAACUACCCGUUCGAUGUCACCGAGGUCGCCUCGGGCUUUGUCACGGCGUCGGCGCUCACGGCCAACCUCUCGGCGGCCCACAGUCUCCCCAACGGCACGCUGCCCCUCACCGCACUCGUAAUAUGCGCGGCGCUGCUCACGCUUGUCGUGCGCAAGCGCCUCCAGCCCGAGCGCCACCAGCGGUACCAAAUUGUAGUCUAGUCGGUGUAAGAAUCGCAGACACCUUGUCCAAACGUACGCUUUUCAAAC